AUGAAAUAUCUCAAUGAGCACGAGCGAGAGUUUGAGAACGAAGGACAUCUCAAAGCGCCCGCCUCCGUUUCCGAUGCAGGAAAGCCUCGAAUCUCGAAGAAGAUGCGAGCGAUGCUGAAGAAUUCGGGACAGAAACAGAUCAACAUCAAGGAACUGAUGCAGAACGUGCAGCCGAAGGAGCCGGAAGAGGUGCGAGCGAUCAAGAGUUACCGAGACGAGCAGUUCUAUAUCAACCCGGAAAUGCCGGUCAUUCGCGAAGGAGAAAGCGAUUUCUUGAAGGUGGAGCAGGACGAUGUGGCCAAAAUGACGUCUGCUGCGAACAACGCUCUGUUUGAAUUGCUGGGAGACGAUGCGGAGACGAUUACGAAGAACAAGCGGAUCGUCCGAUGGGACAACAAGCGGAAGAGAUAUGUGCGAGGCACGGUGGGAGAGUUGAAGGACAACAAGCAUGUGCGGAACGAGAGCGGGCAGCUGAUUCGGUCGAAGAGUCAGGGAAAACGAGGUGAGUUGUACAAGAAGUGGAGAGAGAGUCACAAGCUGAACGAGCAAGAGAUCGGCGAAGAAACGAGAGAAAAGCCGAGUCUUCGUGGAAGACGGUUUGAAAAGAAGGAAAAAGCGAAGAAUUCUGCAAAACAUAUCCUUAAACACUGCGAAGAGGAGUGA